CAAUGGAGGUGGAAUUGCUAAGAAACGAGGCCUUAGACGGGAUUAUGUCCAAUUCAAUGCCUCGAAAGGCAGACAACUAGACAUGAGUCUCAGUCAAAAAGACGAGCUGAAGAUUUGUGGAGUCAAGACUGACCGGAUCAAGGCCGCGUCACUAAACUUUGGCCCAUCCAGGGAAACUCUUUUCGCUGAAGGGGUGUGGGCACUAUGGCGCAUGUUUCUUGAAGAGAACCCAGCCCUGGACUUGGAGAGGUAUCCUGGUGGAGAGACAUAUGAUCAAGCCUUCAUGCGCACCUGUCAAUAUGACAUAUACGAAACGCCGUACAGAGUUCGAAGAAUACGGGCCGAUGAUGACAGGAACACGUUUUCUCACAUUUUCCACAGGCAUGUCUUCUUGAGAUCCCGAUUUUUCAUCACAUACGGGGGCAGGAUAGGGAUCGGUUGCCCUGACACUCAGGUGGACGACGUCAUUUACAUUCUCUCCGGGGGGGACGUGCCUUUUAUUCUGCGCGAGCAUCAGAAAGACGUUGUUGCAAGGCAAUACACUUAUGUUGGAGACGCGUAUGUCCACGGUAUAAUGGAUGGAGAAGCUAUAGAAGAUGAUGUCCAAUGGGAGCGGAUCACGAUUGUGUAAUCAGCAGGAAGAGAAACCAGUAAUAAGAAGACAAGUACUACGGAGAG